ACUGGAAUGGGCGAGUUACCAGGACCUGUAACAGAAAAGCUACAGAUUUCCCCCAAAUUGGAUUUGGAGCAUCCUCUGACGGCUCACGCUCCGUCCACCAAGUAUUACACAGCCCUGGUCACCGGAGACCUGAGAAGCCUCGAGGUCCUGACUGACCGAUACUAUCAAGAUGUCAACCUGGUUUUUGAGAUCAGUAAAAAUGAGCUGGAGUGGCAAGUGAAAAGUCAAGCAUCUUAUGGACUCUCAGGGCUGUGGUCGCUGGAGUACAAGCAGGAGCUGACCACCCCACUGUGCCUCGCCGCCCGUGGGGGCCAUGCCGCCUGCCUGCGCCACCUCCUCCGCCGACGGGCCAACCCCGACCUGGCACCGGGGGGGCGCGCACCCCUGCACGAAGCCUGCCUGGGGGGGCACGUCGACUGCGUCGAGCUGCUGCUGGAACACAAGGCUGACCCCAACCUGCUGAGUGACGAGGGUCUGGCCCCGCUGCACCUCUGCACCACCCAAGACUCCCUAAGAUGCGCCAAGCUCCUGCUGAGACACGGGGCCACCGUCGACCUGCCGAGCGAGGAUGGGGGGGAGACGGCUCUGCACAUGGCGGCCAGGCACUGCCUCUGCGACCAUGCCCACCUCUAUCUGCGGCACGGGGCGCGCGUUGACGCACGCAGCGCACGGGAGGAGACAGCCCUGGGCAUCCUCUGUGGGCGGGCACCAGGUGCCGGAGAGGGCUGCCUGAAGCUUUGCCAGCUGUUGGCUGCCCACGGCGCAGACAUCAAUGCCCGGGAUGAGAUGUGGAGAAGCCCCUUGCACAAAGCGUGCGGGGCCUCCAACGCCAGCCUGGCGUGCUUCCUCCUGCGGCACGGGGCUGAUGUCAACGCCAUUGACUACGGCGGCAUCUCCCCGCUGGGCUGCACGCUGCAGAGCUCUGCCUUCAAGAGGGAGCUGCAGCCCCACCUCACCGUCCAGCUGCUGCUCAACUACGGCUCCCAGAAGAUAUGGCCCCCUGCCUUCGUCAAGGUGCUGAAGUCCUGUGCGGCUGUGCCAGAGAUCAUCGAAGUCCUCUUCAAUUCCUACCCACAAAUCCCUGUCUCCGAGAAGUGGGCUGAGGCUGUGCCGGAGGAGGUGUUUCAGCAGCACCAGCUAUUCUAUGAGUCCUUUUUCCGGCUGGCAGGCACAGUCCGGUGCCUGCAACAUUUAUGCCGCUCCGCUAUUCGGAAAAAGUUUGGGAGCAAAUGCCAUUGCCUUAUCCCCUUGCUGCCUGUGCCCAAGCCUUUGCGUGAUUACCUGCUGCUGGAGCCCGAAGGAAUCGUGCUUUGAAGGGCCAAGAGGAGCCGACUGAGGUCUACCAUCCACCCCUGCCUUACCUUACCUCGUCCUCCCUCGGUGUAGCGCAGCAGCAUCCAUUUCUGUCAGCCGAGCGAGGGAGCACUGGUUUUCAUGAUAGAUGGUUGUUUUUCAGGGAUUUAUAACGUAACUAAAAUGUGCUUUCGGCUGUAACUUUGUAUAGAUUUUUUUCUAAUUGUGCUUUAAAUAGAUUAUAAAGAGUAAUAAAAUGAUUAGUAGCUGUUACAAGCAUGCUGCAGAUAUGAAUAAUACUCAUUAUAAAGGAUCUUGACAAAGCAGCGGGGCUCCUCAGGUGUGCAAAGGAAAGCACGCACAGCAGAUGAUGACUAAAAUCAGCCCACGUGGGCAUCAGAUCCCCUUGGAUAAAUCUCCCCUGUGAGUGGCACAAGCAGA